AUGAAUAAUUCUCCUUACAUUGUGAAGAAAAAGCAUCGAAAUGGUGAUUGGGUUUGCACUAUUUGUAAAAAUCUCAAUUUCUCCUUCAGAAGCAUAUGUAAUAACUCAAAUUAUAUUCAUUUUUAGGUAAUAGAUGUAAUAAACUCCCUAAUAAAACAUCCUCUAAACAUUAAUAAUACUAUGGAUUUCCAAAAUUAGUUUUAAUCCAUUAUGAAGAACCUACUGAAAGUAUAGAUGAUAAUCUUGAAAAUUAAAUUGAUCCAAAUGUUACUUCAAGUCUUUUAGUAUUAGGCUUAGAUCAAUUUUGA